AAUGAUGCGACUAUUUCAUUUCUUCGAGCAGCGCGGAGUGGUGACCUAUGUAAAGUAUUGGAUUUCUUAGAAUCUGGACAGAUUACAGAUAUAAACGCUUGCAAUGCAAAUGGUCUAAAUGCACUUCAUUUGGCUGCGAAAGAUGGUUAUAUCGACAUCGUAAGUGAGCUUCUGCGACGUGGAAUUAAAGUAGAUAAUGCCACAAAAAAGGGAAAUACAGCACUUCAUAUUGCAUCUCUGGCCGGCCAGAAGGACGUAAUUAAACUACUUAUUCAGUAUAAUGCAAAUGCGAAUGUGCAAUCAUUGAAUGGCUUCACACCUCUUUACAUGGCGGCGCAGGAAAAUCAUGAUGCUUGCGUACGUUUCUUAUUGGCUAAAGGGGCAAAUCCUUCGUUGGCUACUGAGGAUGGGUUCACACCACUUGCUGUUGCCAUGCAACAAGGUCACGAUAAAGUGGUAGCGGUCCUUCUCGAGUGCGAUGUUCGUGGAAAAGUUCGUCUUCCGGCUUUGCACAUUGCUGCUAAGAAAAACGAUGUUGACGCUGCUACUUUAUUGCUACAAAGCGAAACUAAUCCGGACAUUGUGUCCAAAUCAGGAUUCACGCCCCUGCAUAUUGCAGCACACUAUGGCAAUGUUGAUAUUGCUAAGUUGCUAAUUGAACGUCAUGCGGAUGUAAAUUUCACAGCAAAGCAUAAUAUAACACCGUUGCACGUUGCCUGCAAAUGGGGCAAAACAAAUAUUCUGGAACUAUUGCUAUUAAACAAAGCUAAUAUAAAUGCUACUACUCGUGAUGGCCUCACUCCGCUCCAUUGCGCAGCACGGUCAGGCCAUGUAGAGGUCAUCGAGAUACUACUUGCGAAUAAGUCUCCGAUACUUUCAAAGACGAAAAAUGGUCUUGCUCCACUUCAUAUGGCUGCACAAGGCGAGCAUGAUGAAGCAGCCCAGAUACUUUUGGCGCAUAAAGCCCCCGUCGAUGAGGUAACUGUCGACUAUCUAACAGCGCUACAUGUUGCAGCGCACUGUGGACAUGUGCGUGUAGCCAAGCUGCUACUAAAUUACAAUUCAGAUCCAAAUGCGCGCGCUCUAAAUGGAUUUACACCCUUGCAUAUCGCAUGUAAGAAAAAUCGCAUUAACGUCGUCGAGCUCUUACUGAAACAUGGUGCCAGCAUAAGCGCCACAACAGAAUCCGGUUUGACACCAUUACACGUUGCCAGUUUUAUGGGAUGCAUGAACAUUGUCAUUUAUCUAUUACAACACGAUGCUCCCCCCGAUGCACCAACUGUUCGUGGAGAGACACCACUACAUUUAGCCGCGAGAGCGAACCAAACUGACAUAAUACGUAUUUUAUUACGCAAUGGUGCUAACGUUGAGGUUCGUGCUAGAGAAGGUCAAACACCGUUGCAUGUAGCAUCGAGACUUGGAAACAUCGACAUAAUUAUGCUGAUGCUGCAACAUGAUGCUAACGUUGAUGCUACAACCAAGGAUAUGUAUACCCCAUUGCAUAUCGCAGCUAAAGAAGGACAAGAAGAGGUGGCUCAGUUACUGGCGGAAAACAAUGCGCAAUUAGAUACAGUAACCAAAAAGGGUUUUACUCCGUUGCAUUUGGCUGCUAAAUAUGGUAAAGAAAAAGUCAUUGCAUUACUAUUGCAGCGCGGAGCUAAAAUCGAUUGCCAAGGCAAGAACGAUGUUACUCCGCUACAUGUUGCAGCACAUUUCGGUCAUCAAAAGGUCAUGUUUUUACUGCUUGAGCAUGGGGCUUCUCCCCUACUUUGUGCAAAGAAUGGCCAUAGCGCUUUGCAUAUAGCUGCCAAGAAAAAUGAAAUGGAAAUCGCCCAGCAACUUUUACAAUUUGGUGCGGAUCCAGAUAUACGAAGCAAAUCCGGCUUUUCACCAUUACAUUUGGCAGCCCAGGACGGUCAGGUUGAUAUGGUAAAUUUAUUGUUGGAACAUGGGGUUGGUGUAAAUGUUCAAGCAAAGAACGGUUUAACGCCGCUGCACCUGUGUGCUCAAGAAGAUAAGGCAGAAAUAGCUCGAAUACUCCUCGAUCAUCAGGCUAACAUAUCUGAGCGUACAAAGGCUGGAUACACCCCUUUACAUAUAGCAGCACACUACGGCCAAAUAAACAUGGUCAAGUUUUUGCUUGAAAAUGACGCCAACAUCGAAAUGAGUACCAAUGUCGGUUAUACCCCUCUGCAUCAAGCGGCACAACAAGGUCAUACAAUGGUUAUAAAUCUUUUGUUGCGACAUAAGGCUAAUCCCAAUGCCAUUGCAGAUAACGGCCAAACUGCUUUAAGCAUUGCCAACAAUUUGGGAUACAUUACUGCUGUUGAAACUCUAAAAGUGGUUACCGAAAAAUCAGUAACGAAUAUUAUCACUGGCGUGUUGGAAGAGAAAUAUAAAGUUGCUGCGCCGGAAUUGAUGCAUGAAACAUUUAUGUCCGACUCUGAUGACGAAGGUGGUGACGAACAUAUAGAUCAUCAUCAAUACAAAUACAUGGCGACUGAUGAUUUAAGAGCGUCUGAACAGGAUCAUCAAAAUUACGAUACAACCAAAAAUGAUGAAAACAUCGAUAAUCGCCUACAAAAACAGGUUCUACAGGCGCAAUAUACAGAAUCGGCUGGGCGUAACACUUUUCAAAGCGACAAAGUCAAUGAAGGUUUUGCUUCAUCAACCCAAUAUCCGUUAAAGCAGAUCGACAAUGUUGUGAUAACUCGUCCGCCUGUUCAUCUGGGCUUCCUUGUGUCGUUCCUAGUAGAUGCGCGUGGGGGUUCAAUGCGUGGGUGCCGCCAUAGCGGGGUUCGCGUGAUUGUGCCACCGAAGGCUUGUACGCAACCAACGCGUAUUACUUGCCGUUAUGUGAAGCCGCAACGCGUACAUAAUCCCCCACCUUUGAUGGAAGGUGAAGCCUUGGUUAGCCGUAUAAUGGAGUUAUCUCCAGUUGAGGCCAAAUUUCUCGGCCCAGUUGUGCUUGAAGUGCCACACUUCGGCUCUUUGCGUGACAAGGAACGUGAAAUUAUAAUUUUGCGCUCGGACAAUGGAGAUAGUUGGCGCGAGCAUACUUUGUACGAUAACGAUGCUAUCGAUGCAAUGAUAGAGGUUUUGCAGGAAACCAUUAUUGACGGACUUAAUCCACUUGAAGACUUGCACACUAAUCGCAUUGUGCGCAUUUUGACACGAAAUUUUCCACAAUUCUUUGCGGUAGUAUCGCGUAUUCGGCAGGAGGUGCAUGCUAUUGGGCCUGACGGUGGCACCGUCUCCUCACAAGCAGUGCCACACGUGCAGGCCAUUUUUCCGCCGCAUGCGCUUACAAAGAAGAUUCGUGUCGGUCUUCAGGCACAGCCGGUUGAUUUGAACAGUUGCUGCAAGCUGCUCGGUCAGGGUGUGGCCGUGUCGCCAGUCGUUACCGUUGAGCCGCGCCGUCGUAAAUUUCAUAAAGCCAUUACGCUUAGUAUACCAGCUCCAAAGGCGUGCACACAAGGCAUGGUGAAUUCAUCAUAUACAGGUAACGCCCCAACGCUGAGGCUUUUAUGCUCAAUAACGGGGGGACAAAAUCGCGCCGUCUGGGAGGAUGUUACUGGCUCAACCCCUUUUGCUUUUGUGAAGGAUAGUGUCACGUUUACAACGACAGUGUCUGCACGUUUCUGGUUAAUGGAUUGUCGUAAUAUCGCCGAUGCCAGUCGCAUGGCCACCGAGCUCUAUUCCUAUAUGACUCAAGUUCCAUUUAUAGUAAAAUUUGUUAUAUUUGCAAAACGAGUUUCAGCAACAGAAGCAAAGCUUUCCGUUUUUUGUAUGACCGACGACAAAGAAGAUAAAACUCUGGAGCAGCAAGAAUUUUUUACUGAGAUAGCGAAGAGCCGAGAUGUUGAAAUACUUGAAGAUCAAGAUGUUUAUUUGGAGUUCGCAGGCAAUUUGGUGCCAGUGUUAAAAUCAGGCGAACAAUUUAAUUUUAAAUUUCAGGCUUUCCGUGAAAAUCGUCUCUCAUUUAUUGUACAUGUCAAAGAUGAAGAAGAGCCUUAUGGUCGUAUAUGCUUUAUGGGUGAACCAAAAAUUGGUCUAAGGGAACCGCCACAACAACCAAUUUGUAUUUUAAACAUAUCAUUAGAACGUCGAGACAUUAUGGAAAACGCCAACCGUUUGGAUGGCAGCCAAAAAAGUUUGAACAAUAUAAAAAUCGAUCGUGGUCUCAAUUAUCGGGACUUAUUAAACGCUGGUAUUAAGUCGAUAGAAUUUAAACCUUCUACUGUAGUAGAAGGGGCAAUAGAUGCUAGAGAGGCAGGACUUAACCAGGGCAUAACGUUGCAUGUUCAUCCGGACGGCAGAAACGUUAUACACAAAGCCGAUAUGCACUUAUCAGAUAUAUGUGACUUGAUUGAUGACGACUGGAUGCGCUUGGCCAAAGAAUUAGGUGUACCCGAGGCCGAUAUCGAGAGUAUCAAUGCGGAAUACACUGAACCUACAUCUCAGAAGUCUACGGUCAUGUUACACCUUUGGCUGCGCCAACAAGGACACAAAGCUACGGGUAACGCCUUGGAACAUGCUCUGAGCAAGAUCAAUAGAACUGACGUUAUGGAGAAAUGUAUAUUUAAUAUGGAAGCUGUAAAAGAUAACAUGGAACAACGCAUUGCUAAAAGUCAACUAGACGAGUCUGAGUUUAGUGAAUUUGAAUUGCAUUUAAAUCAAAGCAUUGAAAUUUAUUAUGAUGACAGCAAACAAGCACCAACAGCUAUAAACGACAUUUCUGUUUUGAAUGAUUCUUUACCGACGAAUGAACAAACAAGACAAAGUAAAAUUUAUAAAAUUAAUAACGGGAAUAAAAAUAUAAUGCCAACUGAAGUGGAAAAUAAUUUGGAAACAAGUAAAUCUGUGACCAGUUUCGAGCAGGCUGCAUCCACUAAUACGCCCUCACGAAUACCAAAUGAUGUUUCGCAAUUAGUACAUACAGAUUACGAUAUAGAUAAUAUUCGACGAAUUGCUGAAGAGCAUACUCAAGAAGUAUUAGAUGAAGCGCAGAAGAAUAUUAAAACUGAUGGUCCCCUUAAUCCAAUUAUUCGAUGCACUGAUAUCAACACUAUGUUACGUGAAAUAAGAAAUGAAGGAGAUGGCAGGAAAAUUGUAACCACAUGUACUAAUAUCCCAAGUGCUGGAAACGAAGAGGAGGUGUCGCCUAUUUACAAACAAAAUAGGCAAGGGAAUGUUGUAAUUCAAGAUGCUGAAUAUAUUGAAAUCCAACGAGUAAUGAAUACAACAGAUACUAAUAUAACUCCACACCCGUACGAAGGUAUAUGUGCGACAACUCAUUGUAAUGAUGGACAAGAGCGGAAAGCGAGCGAGAUCGACUUGAACCAGAAGCAGCCAGAAGAUGCUCUACUCAGACAGAUUGUUAGCAAAAUUAACGAGCUACAAGUUGACAUGGACAAUGUGUUGGAAAACUUGAGUUGCUCGCCAACCAUAAUUUCAGCUGCUCCGAGUAGUGAAACGUUACCUAUUACCACAUUUAAUACAAGUACCGCCGCCAAAACAGCUAUACCUAAUUUUCCAAAUUAUCACUCUUCAAAUAUGGAAGCCGUAAAGGCGAGUAUAGGAGUUGAAUACCUUGCGCUCGAGCACAAUGUAAUGCAGCAUGAGGUAUCGGAAGACCAUACAAAUGCUAUAGAAAAUGUUACGCAGGGUGAAAUAGAAGUAAGUAGGAUCUAGAGAGGUUAAAUAGAAAUAUAUAAGAGGCAAACAUUUGUUUAAAAUUGGGUUAUGUUCAUGAUGUAUUUUUCAGCCAAUAUAAUCGAUAUAUGGUAAACAAUGUAGUAUUCAAAAAUGUUUAUAACACUUUUAAAAGGAACCAUUUACAAUGCGUAAUAUAAGUUUCUAAUAGUAGUUUUUAAUAUAAGUGUAGCUGGUCAAAUGAUUUUCUUUUCUUCUUUCUUCACCACAUAGCCCACCACUUAAAAAAUACAUGGUAUAAAAAAUUGUACUUUGAGCAUGUUGUGCUUUUGUUAUAAUUAUUACAAGAGAUAAGCGUGUAUUCCUGUUCGCAUAACGUCCAAAUGAGCCAGUCAAAGCAGUGCUUCAAAUUAUUGAACGAUUCACGUAAAAAGUGUGUUUUAAUAUUUGAAAUAAAUAUACUGUUUUCACACAAAAUCACUUAACGAGCGUUUUAUGAAGAAGGACACCAAAAAAAUGUAUUUUAUUAGAUAUAUGUGGUUUUGCGAACCUAUUACGCUCUGACAUUUAAAUUAAUAAUGAUUUUAGAACAGUGAAUGCACCCAGAUUAGUCUUAUCCGUUAUAAGACAAUAUGAAAAUAACUUUGAAGUAUUGAACCAUAUGCUACAAUUUAGUGGCAUGCCGUGGAACGUAAACUUUUGUGGUCAUCGAAUAGCAUUAUACUCACCUUCAUAGGUGCUUUUAUGUGCUAUUAUGACAAUGCUGUCUGAAUAUCACUUUAUAUAUGAGCAAAGAAGGAUUCUUUUGAAAGUAUUAUGGCUGAAGUUUGCUAUCGUUUUUUCAAGGCAACUUAUUCAUAACUAAAUUACUCAUAAUCGGAUAAUUUUUGUCUUUGUAUACCAUAAACCAAAACUUUUCCUUAAUUUCGUCUACAUUAUCAAAACGAUGCUAAAUUCAAGCAGGAGCUCCAGAAAAUAUGUAAACUGAACCUUUUUAAUAUUUGUGUACAAUAUAAAAUUGCAUAUAUGUAUAUCGUAUGUGUCUUAAAUAUAAUAUAUAUUCAAACCCUUUUUCUUGACUACCGCAAUUACACAUAUACUACAUAAGAGGCGACCGUCGUAGCUGAAUGGGGUGGUGCAUGACUACCAUUCAGAAUUCGGAGUACUUUGGUUCGAAUAUCCGUGAAAAACCAAAAUGUAGAAAAAGUUUAUUUCUAACAGCGGUCGCCCCUCGGCAGGAAAUGGCAAACCUCCAAGUGUAUUUCUGCCAUGAAAAAGCUGCUCAUAAAAAACCAUUUGCCGUUCGGAGUCGGCUUAAAACUGUAAAUCCCUCCAUUUGUGAAACAACAUCAAGACCCACGCCACAAAUAGAAGGAGGAGCUCGGCCAAACAUCCAAAAAAGGUGUACCAUAUAUAUUAUACAUAUUUAUAUGGUAUAAGAGGUUUAAAAGUCUAAAUGUAAUAUUGCAGGCUUUAGGCUUUGAACUUAUUUAAGAAGUGGAAUGGAAUCGAUACCUAAAAUGUGAAAAAAUAAUAAUAAUAGUUUUGACCCAUACAUUUCCCCUAUUAUAACUCUAAUGCAUAGCAUUGUAAUUUAAAUAAAAACUUAUAGAUUCACGAAAUUCAUAUUGUAAGGAAUUUUAACAUCUUGGUCGCUCAUACGAUGUUUAAAUGAAAUAUUAAAUGUCACUUAGAAUUUCCGUGUGUGUUUGAACUUAUAAUCUGAUAUAUUCUAUUUACAAUAAAAAAUGUAAUUAUGUAGUUUGAAAA